AAAAUGAGCUCCUCUGUCUCCCUAGUAGCUGACAAUCAAGAGCUUUGCUCCUUGUUCUAUACUCCCAUUUACUGAAAGAAAUCUCUUUUGUCUGGAGAAAUCCAGGUGGUGAAAGAUCAUCCAUUUCUUACCAGCAUUUCAGUGAGACACCUUUCACUUGCAGUCAGACUCUCUCAGUGUUCCAUGCAUGCAGCCAGUCUGAUGGUUUGCUCAUGCUGCUCCUCACAGCAGUCUGUGUUCCUUGGAGCUGAGGUAGUGCUCAAGACUGCUCUGCUGAGGCAGGAGAAUCAUUAAUUUCAGGCUCCAGAGUCUCAGCUUUCAUUUAAAGCCAACAAAAUCAAGAUGGUGGAAUGCAUGCCAUUGUUACAAUUGUGAAGAAAAUCUUUAAGGGAGGAAAGCCAUCUUAAGAAAUUCAGAGAGUCUGUUGGAGCUGAAACAGUAGUGAUGGAAGUUGUCUGCACUGCUGAGCUGACUUCAGGUGGCUUCAUUUACACUAUUAUUGAGUACAUGAGAUCAAAAUCUGUUUUAAAGGAAAGACACUGUAACAUAAUGAAAAUAAAAGCACCGUGGGUUUUUUUUGUGAUUGCCUUCUCUGUUUUUCCCAUGACACUGAAGUUGGGGGAUGAAGGAUAGGAGGUGGAGCAGGUGGAGCUGAAGGAUGUGUAUGGCUACCCUACUAAGGUAGCCAUAGAAACAGCAGCCUUUGAUCAAGCUGUUCUAUAAGUUUGGUGUAUAAGAUAGCAUAAACAUCUUAAACCAGAAAUGUUUGCAGAGGCCACUAAUUUGCAAAUCCUGUGAUCUGGACGUCUAGUGGAGUACCUUUGGAGCCAUAUUUGAACAGGUAUGGAGCACUUGGAAGUGAAAUGAAGAUUAGCAGGGGUCUAGGACUGCAGGCAUUCACAGAGCUGAAAUACCUUCUUCUCUAAUCCUGCCUCUUGCUAUUGGCCUUUAAAGCCAUAUGAAUUUUCUAUCUGGUUUUUCAAACUAUGUAAUUAUAUAGAAUAUCCUCCUAGCCUGUUUUCCCCUUUCAGAUCAGCAUGUAUUCCAAAACUGAGGCAAUGCCUGCAGGCUUGAAUAGUUCUGCGUGCCCUGCCAUAGAGCAAGGGUAAGGGAAGAUUUUGCUGGUCAGGUUUGUGUAAGUAUCAUGCCUCAGGAAUCAAUAACGAAGGGGAAUCCCUAUAGAAUUGGGCAUGUGCAUCUUGUGGGCAAACGGUAAAUCUGCUCUUCAGCUGAAGUUUUGAGGGUGAGCCUGCAGCAGAGUACCACUUCUGGGACAAAGAGCCAGCUCUCAGUGGUUCAGACACCCUACCACAGACUGCUUUGCAGCUGGCAAAUAUCUCAGUGCCCACUUCACUGACAUGGCCAGGGGGAACCAUGCUAUCAAAAAGCAACCUUCUGCAUAAACCCUACUUUAAAUUGUCCCUAAGAAGACAGAAGAAAGAAGCUAGCCCUGUUAGCUCACUCUGUUUAGACUUUAAUUUCUCUCAGAGAUAACAGUGUCUGCACUGAUCUUCCAGAGGCCUUCACAUGGAGGCCUUCCUCUCUGUUCCAGUAACAAUAAACCUUGUCAGCAGACUGACAGCCUGCCAGAUAAGACUCAGGAAUUACAGCACAUUGCACAUGUUGAUGGACUUCAAGGAUGUACAACACGAGAAUGAGACAACUGGGAGUACUCAGUCCUGAGAAGGCUAAAGGCAGAUGGGGGAUCACAUUGCUGUCUUUUACUACUCAUUUGGAGAAAAUCCAGCCCAACUUCUGGGAUGUGAACAGUAAAAGGGUGAAAGGCAGGAGGUGAACCAGCCUGCCUAAGCUCAAGAGACAGCCAGUUUGACACCAAGGAGCAACGAAGAGCAAUGUCCCUGGCUGGCGUAAGCUGUCUGGUGACAGGAGCAGGAGGAUUUCUUGGCCGGAGGAUUGUCCGCUUGCUUUUGGAAGAAGAGGAGGCUCUGGCUGAGAUCAGACUGCUGGACAAAGCCUUUAGUGAGGAAGCACUCAGCAGAUUUGAAAAGUUCAAGGGUAAGACUGAGGUGAAAAUCCUGGAAGGGGACAUCCGAGAUGUGACAUUCCUGCACCGUGCCUGUCAGGGGGUCUCCCUCGUCAUCCACACGGCUUCCCUCAUUGACACUCUGGGCCUCAUAGAGAAGCAGUUGCUCUGGGAAGUCAAUGUAACAGGUACUCAGCUACUGCUGGAAGCAUGUGUCCGCUGUAAUGUCCAGCACUUCAUAUACACCAGUACCAUAGAAGUGACAGGCCCAAACUGCAGAGGUGACCCAAUUUUCAAUGGUGACGAAGAUACAGCUUAUGAGAGCAUAUCGAAAUUUCCUUAUGCCCAAAGUAAGAGACUGGCAGAGGAUUCUGUGCUGAAAGCAGAUGGCCAGGUGCUAAAGGAUGGUGGCACACUGAUGACUUGUGCCCUGAGAUCCAUGUACAUUUUUGGAGAAGGAUGCCCGUUUCUUCAAGGUCAUCUGGAUAAGUGCCUGUUGAACCAAAAUGUCUACCGGCGCUUCUCCAGGAAGGAGGCUUUGGUGAACCCUGUGUACGUGGGGAACAUCGCCUGGGCACAUGUGCAGGCGGCCAAAGCCCUGAGAGUCCCGCAGAAAGCCAAGCAUGUCAGGGGGAAGUUCUACUACAUCUCAGAUGAUACUCCUCACAUGAGCUACGCAGACCUAAAUUACGAGCUGACCAAGGACCUGGGGUUUGGAAUCGAGCCCAAGCUCCCCAUGCCUCUGACAAUGUUGUAUUACUUCUCACUGCUGCUGGAGAUCGUGAGCUUCUUGCUCCGGCCCUUUGUCAGAUACAUCCCCUCCACCAACCGUCACCUGGUCACCCUCCUGAACACUCCAUUCACCUUUUCUUAUAGAAAAGCACAGAAGGAUUUUGGCUAUGUGCCCCGCUACACGUGGGAAGAGGCCAAGCAGUGUACUGGGUGCAGGGAGGGCCGGCAGAAGGUGAAGUGGAGAGAUGGAUCCAAGCACCCAUGCACUCUGAGCACUGUUGGGUUUGCAUCUGUGUUAUCUUUCACUUCAGGUGUCUGCUCAAAAUAGUGGAGUGCCUGUAAUAAAAAAUACCGAAAUCCUGAGGGAAUGGGUACCUGUACACAUUACCCUGCUGCUCAGCAGAGAGAGCCUGUGCAUGCUGUUACCCAAUAACAAACACAAGCCAAUAAAGAUAUUCUGAGAAGGAGAACAGAAGGAGAACAGGCACACUCUCUGCAGAGUGGCUGAUUUGCUGCACGCUUACACUUCACUCUACUUUGUAGCUGCUUGUUCAUAUACUCUUACACUUGGCAGGUUAGCAAAAUGGC